GUGUGUGUGUGUGUGUGUACGUGUGUGUGUUUGUGUUGUUUGAUGUGUUGACAUACUGCAAAUCAAUUUCCCAUUGGUGACAAUAAAGUUACCACUGAGCACUGAGACUGAUCAUCUGGGGAGACUCCUGAAGGUCUUCACUAAUGACUCCCACCUAAAUGGAGACUGAGAGGGUCUUUCUGAUCAAGCAAUGCAAGGCCUGCAUAUUUACCCAGGAAUCAUUUGAGGAUCUGAAGGUUUCUUGUUCUGAAUAAUCUGAAAGAAUAGAAAUAAUUAUUUUUUUAAUGACAAAAGAAACAAGGAGAAAGACUGUGAUCCUCAUUUUCAACUCAUGACAUUGUGGAAGGACAAAAAAAAAAAAAAAUCAACUUGACGGGGAAAUGAUUAAAAAAAAAUACAAAAACAAACAUAUUCUGAUUUGCUCAGGGUUAAUAUCCCGAAGAAGCAGACAAGAUGUCCAAAGCUUUCCUGUCUUCACUUUAUCUAAACUGCUUUUUGCAAGGUUUGAAAUUAUUUGUUUAAUUUUCUUUAAAUGAUUCUAGAAGCUUUAUUUCCCAAAGUAACUGUUUUUUAUCAUUAAUUGUUCAUAAAUUGAUAAAACAAAUCUGACUUCACCAAACAUUUUAAAAGGAAGAUACAUCCAUCCAUUAUUGAGUUGUAGGUUCUUAAUCAUACUUUUGUCCCUGAAUAUUUUAAUUAUUCCACGUUAAACUGGAAUCUGGUUUCUUCAUUCAUUUUCACCUUGUUUGAGUGAAUAUUCUGAAAUAUCUUGAUAAGCUCAUAAUUUAGCAGUGCUCUAGUGUAAUGUUCAGAUGAACAGAAUUGCAUCAUUAGUGUACAGUGAGAGCAUUUUCAGUCUGUUACUAGACAGAUUUGUGAACUGUUACAAAGAUUUGCUGUUAGUCUGAGAAGCAGUGGUGAUGGUGAACAGAUGUUUUGUCAGCUGUUUUUGAUAAAUCGUUACUGAGCUGACAGCACAGCAACCUCUCAUCUCUGUGUUUAAGUCUCUGUACCUCACUAACAAAGACUGUUGAUUAGUUAAUUGAUUUGACUGUUUACUGAUGUUUUGAUGUAAAUCGAUUCUGUUUUAUUGCGAAAGGGCCUUAAAUCUAGCCUGGAAGAAACAAAAUAUUACUUUACCAGGAAAACAACCAGCAUGAUCCUGAAUCGACUUCAGUCCCACUCCAGGUGAGCAACUUUAAGGUCCACAUUGAAGCAGUCCUAACCCGGUCCCAGCUCCUCAUCAGAUGCUGCUUCACCUCAAAGUCAACUCUUCCAUUACCAGCCAGUUUUCACUGCCUGGUGAUGGAAGAGGUUACACACAUAAUGAAAGUAAUGGCUGCUAUAGGUAAAUCAGUGUGAGAGGAAACACCCUAUAUGAAAGUGUUUGUGUUUUAAAUGUUUGGGUCUGUCAGACUGGAAAUGAGCUGCUAUAUUAAUAAAGUUUAGGCUGUUUGAAGGCAAAGAAAAACUGUCUUAAAAUCCAACUGUGUGAGAGAACAGACUGAUCAAUAUCACAGCUUUAUGAUUAGGACGCUGAAGAACUUGAUGGCUUAUAUUUGAUUAUUUCAUUAAAUUAAUGAAAUUUCAUUAAAUUAUCAGCUGAAUUUUAUCAUCUGAGACUCUGAACUAUAAGAUUAUUCAAUGAAGGAUCUAAACUGUCACAGAAACAAGUAAAAGUGAACAAAGACAAACGAACAUGAAAAUGAUUAAAAUCACAGUUUGUAUGCAGUUAUAUUUGAUUUCAUACUGACUUGUAGUAUUAACGCGCUAAUGUGUAAUGACGCUGUUUAAACAGCAGGCGGCACUGUGUAACACAUGACGUAAUCCUUUGGCAUCAGGUGACUUACCCGGAAAGAGAGACGAGACUUCACGGGAACAACAGCGAUCAAAACACGAUCCUGCAGCUGGAUUUUAAUUUGAAAUAUCAGCGCGAAGGAAGGUAAGAAAACAUGAGCUAACAGGCAGAGAGGAAGAUGGAGGCCGGCAGGAAGCAGCUCAGUGUGUCAUCUACAGGGAAGCCGUGCGAACAUCUAUGGCAGCAGGAAAGAGGGCCAAAGACACACAGCUAUUAGCAGGCGUUAAAUCAGAUAAAAAAUGAAUGGAGUCUGGUACAAAGCUCACAGCGCUAAGUUGAAAUAAAUCAGAACAAAGACGCAGAGCUACAUGCUAGCACAGUUUGGAUUAGAGAAAAGUGAAUAGUCUGGUGCAGAAACCACAGCUCUCUGUUAAAGUAAAUUAGUGCACGGAGCUACAUGUUGGCAUACUUUGAAUUGGAUCGGGGGUGGGGGAACUCCAGUCCUCGAGGGCCGGUGUCCUUCAGGUUUUAUGUGUCAUUGAUCCAAGAGAGCUGAUUGAAAUGGCUAAACUACCUCCUCUUUAUUGAAGUUCUCCAGAGUCGUGGUAAUGAACUAAUCAUUUAUUUCAGUAUGGAGGAUGAUGAACUUCCGUCAGAGGAUGGGAUGGGUGGGUGUGGCUUUCUACUUGCUGCUCAGCGUCAUGGCGGCGUACUACAUCUUUGAGGUCCACAGCUUUAGUUUGGAACGUGUGCAGAGAGCAGGUACCAGCCCAUCGGCUCCACCUCCUGCUAUCACUGUCCAUGGAUCACUACUUCCUGUGUGGAUGUGGGCAUUGAUCUUCCUGCUGCCAUACUUGCAGCUCUUUCUCUUCUUGUUCUCGUGCACAAGGGCGGACCCCCGCGCUGUUGGAUACUGUGUGCUUCCUGUCUGUAUCGCCCUUCUGUACAGCCGCCGCCAUGCCGCCAAAUUGGCCAAUCACAGGGCAGCAGGAUCGCUCAUCGACACGUAGGGGACGACCAAUCAGAGAGCCUCCCACGUGAUGAGGGGUGGGAUGACAGCAGGACUAGUUUGUGAUAUCAUUUCCUGUGUGCCUUUUAAACACUCCUACAAGUUUUGCCCUGAUUGCGGCCUGACAGGAAGUUCUGCUGCUCUCAGUACAGACUCACAGCACCCUGUGAAAAAGCCCCUCCCACCAGUGGCAACCAGUCUUUUUCCCCUCUGUUUUUUUUUUUUUUUUU